ACUUCAUAUCAUCAUUUCUUGAUUAUUACUUGAGAUGGCAGAAGAGAUGAAAUAUUGAGCUUGCUCUCUUUGAUCCAAGAAAUUCAAUGACUAUUUUUCACUGAGAUGGCCAGAAGAGUUGCCUCUGAGCUUUUUGUAAGCAGGUUGUCGUUUUACAUCACUACUGGAGAAUUGAAGAGGUUAUUCUCCCCGUUUGGUUUAAUUGAAGAAGUGAGGCUUAUCAAAGACCCUAGGACCCAACGGCCUAAAGGGUUUGGGUUCGUCAAAUUUGCAUCCGAGCUGGAUGCGCAAAAUGCACUGAAGGCUAUGAAUGGCAGGAUAGUGGAUGGAAGGUUGAUUUUUGUGGAAUUUGCCGAAACUACAAAACCUGGGAAAAGAACUUGAUAGUGACCUAAAUCAACAAGUAUGGGAGAACGCGUGGUGUUUUCAGAGUCAUCUUUGCUGCAAUUGCCCCAGACUCCACUAUGCACUUCAAGGAGAGGACAUCUUCCAGUUGGUCGGAGGCAGGCUUCGCUAUCAGUAACUUCACCUAUGUGUUUCUCAUCGACAAGGCUGAUGAUGUUUACGACUUUUUUGGCUGAGCAAAAGCAAUGUUCCUGGAGAACUAGAGCUAGUAUUGUUUCAGACUCUACGGUACCAACUACCUGUACCAUGUAUUCGUCUGGGGAAGGCAUUGAUAUUCUACCAGAAUCUGGUGGAUCUGAUGACGAUAUCGGUGGGCUGAGUGGCAAUACUGGUGGAAGGGGUGGUAGAGGCGGCAAUGGUGGUAAUCAUGAUAAGAAUGGAGAGGAAUGGCAUGGAAGUGAAGAUCAAAGUGGAGGGUAUAGGAAGGAGGCCUGUCAAUGUCCCAGAAACUUACACUGGGCUACGCUGCCUUGGUUGGAGUUGGUGGACUGACUGGCUAUCUGAAAGGUGGAAGCCAGAAGUUGCUGGUUGCAGGUGGAUUGUCCGCAUCACUAUUGUAUUAUGUUUGCAGUCUACUUCCAUCAAAACCCUGUUUUGGCAUCUUCGCUUGGUCUUAUUCUGUCUGCUUCUCUUCUGGGAUUGAUGGGUUCUCGCUUCAAGAAGUAGGUAAAGAUCUUUCCGGCUGGCAUUCUCUCCUUUGCAUCACUUGUCAUGACGGGUGGCUAUUUGCAUGGUAUUUUACGUAGUCUGCAGUAAUCUGUGUUCAAAGUGUGUGUUUUGGCCUCAUUGGAAGUGCUUUUUUGCUGUUGUUUUGAGUGAGGAUUAUGCAACCUUUGAGUUGUAUGUUGCUUGAGCAGUGGAAUCCUCCUGGUUUCCAUUUAGUGAACUUAAAAAAAGGCUGAAUGACACUUUAGUUUAUUCUUUUCGUUCUUGGUAAAAGAUGGGAUUUGUUUUAUAAUGUUGUAUAUAUUUUCCUCUUGCUGGAGUAUUCUUUCCAUCAGUCUUAGAACUCCUCUUAGUGGAGUACUCCUAAU